AUGUCAAGUAAAUUUCCGGAAAUCGAUGCACCUCAGUCAAAUGGUGAUGACUUAGAACAUUCUGAUUUUCUUUCUCGUGAAAAGGAAUUACUUGGUGACGAGUUCAAAACGGAUCAAGAUAAAGUAUUGGAAGAAGAUAGCGAUGACGACAUAAAUGAGUUCAAAGACCAAUUCCCCGAAGUUGAAGGAAGUGAGAGCGUUAAACAGGAAUUCAAAUCUACCGAGGAUGCCGAUGACGAAGACGCCGACGUAGCCCUUGCUGAUUAUGGUGCCACUGAAAAUGUCAAAGAUUUAUCUCAAUCCACAUCCAUAAAAGAAUGGAAACAACGUAGAGAUUUGGAGAUUGAAGAAAGAGAAAAGGUCAAUUCACAAAAGAAGAAGGAUCUUCUUUCCAAAGCACAACAAACGAUUGAUGAUUUUUACGAAAACUAUAACCUGAAGAAGGACAAGCAGAUUUCCGAUGUUGAAAAAGAACAAGAGGCAUUCCUUAAAAAGAGGGACGAGUUUUUAAAACAUGGAACAUUGUGGGAUAGGGUCAAUGAGUUGAUUGAUGCAGUUGGUGGGCCUGCUGUGGAUUCAGAGGGUAAUGACAAGACCAGAUUUAGAAACUUUUUGAAAAAUUUAAAGGGCAAGGAAAAAGUACCGGGAGCUGGUGGAUAUCAAGAGUAG